CAUUGGAGAUGGGGAAGGGGGGUUGUUGCCAGGGAGAGUGGGUGGGGCGUGUUGCUAGGGAGAAAGGAGGGGCUUAUGACUUUGGGGAAGGGUCCUGUGGGUAUGAAGGAAGGAAAAGGGGCUGUGGUUGAGUGGGCUGGGGACAGAGUCGUUUGGGGUCAUGGGGGGGCGCCGAGCUCCCCUAAAACGCCACCUUCUCAGCAGACCCUCAAGAAUCGACCCAUCAGGACGCCAGAGCUGCUUCAGCGGUGACCACCUUCUCCCCCUAACACGUUCUUCCCUUCUUCACAAACGGCCCAUGUCAGACGAAGGCUCAAGAGGCAGCCGCCUGCCCCUGGCGCUGCCCCCGGCCUCCCAGGGUUGCUCUUCAGGGGGCGGCGGCGGCGGCGGCGGCGGCGGCUCCUCCUCGGCUGGGGGCUCGGGCAAUUCCCGGCCCCCACGCAACCUCCAAGGCUUGCUGCAGAUGGCCAUCACCGCGGGCUCUGAAGAGCCAGACCCUCCUCCAGAACCCAUGAGUGAGGAGAGGCGUCAGUGGUUGCAGGAGGCCAUGUCGGCUGCCUUCCGAGGCCAGCGGGAGGAGGUGGAGCAGAUGAAGAGCUGCCUCCGAGUGCUGUCACAGCCCAUGCCCCCCACUGCUGGGGAGGCUGAGCAGGCAGCCGACCAGCAAGAGCGAGAGGGGGCCCUGGAGCUGCUGGCCGACCUGUGUGAGAACAUGGACAAUGCCGCAGGUACCCCACUUCCCCCACCGGGAUGUCCUGCCUCUCUUCCUCUGGGUGUCCACUGCCACUCCCCAGAGUACAAGAGAGAAAGUGGCAUGGGACUCUGUCCCCCUCUCCUAGGUCUGGUCCGAGAGCAGGAGGCUGGGCUGCUGCAGUUCCUCCGCCUGGACGGCUUCUCUGUGUUGAUGCGGGCCAUGCAGCAGCAGGUGCAGAAGCUCAAGGUCAAAUCGGCAUUUCUGCUGCAGAACCUGCUGGUGGGCCACCCCGAACACAAAGGGACCCUGUGCUCCAUGGGGAUGGUCCAGCAGCUGGUGGCCCUGGUGCGGACAGAGCACAGCCCCUUCCACGAGCACGUGCUUGGAGCCCUGUGCAGCCUGGUGACAGACUUCCCGCAGGGCGUGCGCGAGUGUCGGGAGCCAGAACUGGGCCUGGAGGAGCUUCUCCGCCACCGCUGUCAGCUGCUGCAGCAGCAUGAGGAGUACCAGGAGGAGCUGGAGUUCUGCGAAAAGCUGCUACAGACCUGUUUCUCCAGCCCGACGGACGACAGCAUGGAUCGGUGAAACCGGGUGGCUUCUUGCCCCUUUCUCCGUGGGAACCCCAGGCCUCUUGCCUCCCUCCCCACCUACAAGGCCCUCUCCCAAGGGAUCGCACGGCCUAGGUGCCUGGACCCAGGGCGUGCCAGCCCGUCUCUGUGCAGUUCCUGGAAGGGCCGCUGAGAAAGGCACCAGCUCCUUGGAUCCCACCUCCCAUGCUCUCACUCUCAUCCCCGUUCUCUUGUCCACACAGCUCUUCCAAUAAAGGUGUUUCUCUUCCUUCUCCUCCUCCUUCACUGCCGCCUUUGUCACCUCCUUUGGAGGGUGCAUGGGGGACGGGAGGAGGGGCACGAGUUUAAGGGACUUGGGGAGCCACUGGAGGAAUAAUAAAAGUGUUGCUGUUUAUCAUC